UCCUGAAAAAUAAUAAUAGUUUAUCAAGUAAUUAAACCUAGUUAGAAGCCAAUCUCAAAUAUACUGAUGAACAAAGCAACAUUCGUUAAAUCAAUACAUACCUGCUUUAUAUGAUUUUAGUUAUGGAUAGGGACGAUAGCAUCUUUAUCCAUAUCACGGAGAUAGAGACAGAAAUAGGAAUGAGUUUCAGCAAGCACGCAACUCCUUCCAGUUUUGAUUUACACUGUUGUCAGUUGGAGAAUAGAACACCACAGGCAUAAACUAUAUAGUUACAUUGUACCAUAUAUGUUCAACAAAGUUGUUUAAAUUUUUUACAUAUGUUAGCCUAUAAGUUGUCUACAUUUUGCAUGCUUCCAUUUCCAUCUGUUUACUAGUUUAUUGAUCAAUUAUAACGAAAAUAAGUUUAAAUUUAUCAAUGAUUUCAUAUGGGUAUCUAACUACAAAUAUCUCUAUGCAUGUUAAAUUUGUGCUGAUGCAGGUUUUUAUUUUUUCAGUUUUCUGAUAUAUUGAUUUCACCAUAUGCAUCAGAAAAGUCACUGGAUUUAACUAACUCUUGCACAUAAAUGAAUAGUUGCAUGUUAUGUAUUCUAUGUGCUGUCUUUUUCAGCAUUAGUAGCUACAAAAAAAUUUUAAUCAAGAUUUUUGUGUUUGCGCAGAAUCUGAGCAUGCAAUGUUUUGUCAUUUGACUGAUUGGUUUCAUUAUACAGUUUGCCCCAAUCUGACCCAACAAAAUUAAAUUUAAUACAGUAGGUAUUGUAUAAGAUUCUAGUCAAAUUGCAAAGAUUCGAACAGUUGACCAUGAGGAGGAAGACAAGGAUUGGAGAGCACCGGUUGCUCUCUGAUACCAUCUGAUAAUAGACCAUCUUGAAAAUUAAUGUAUUUUCAGAGGUUCAUUUGGCUCCUAGAAAGUAGCCCUAAUGGAAAUGGAAUCCAUUAGCGAGAGCUGCUACACAUGUUUGGUUUCUGGGAAAUGCUUGAAAAUGGAUCUUAUUUUAUGUUUUGGGGCCAUUUUCCUCCAUAAAAGUUGGGGAGCAAAUUUUUGGAGAUAUCAUUGGUCAUAUUCUUGAAAUGUUUAUGUAGCUAGCCUUGAAAUCUUGUCAAUGAUGCUAGAUAGUCGCAGUUCAUUGUCACUGUUUUUAGCUCAGCCACCAACUCGUGAUGAGAUAUGAUAAUGCUGAAUAAAAAGACAAGAUUUUCGAGCUCUGAAAAUGUAGAAGGAAAUUGGAAAGUAAAACUACAACACAGAAGGAAAAAACAAAAACAAAAAAAAAAAAAGAAACAGAAAAAAAAGAAGAAGAAAAGAUAAUGAAAAAGGAACAACUGUAGGGAGGAAAAGGGGGCAUUAGCCUUGAAAAUUCAGAUUAACUCCAGUAAAGAAAAACAGUUUCCAAGAUCUGAAAAUGUGGAAAUUCCACCAAAGAAAAAAAAACAAAGAGAAUGGAAUUGGGAGAAAGAAAAGAACUUCCAAGGCUUGAGUUUGGAUCAGCCUAUUUUUUUGUCCUCAUCCUAACACUAACUGGUGCAAAUGAUGGGCCGAGUAGAUGUCACAUACACAGCAUAGUAGGCUCCACAGAGCUUUUUGCUGCACAAGAAUGAUACAAGUAGUAUGAAAUCUGCAUCCUAAUUUGCUCCUUGUGCAAGAGAACACGAUCAUAGACAUACAUCUACUUGUAUGUAUUAUCUAUUUUAUAUUUGAUCAUCCACACUGCUAAUGGCCCAUUUGCAUCUGUGGAGCUGUAUCACUUAAAGUUUUAAGCUUUGAAUUCUUGAAGUUUUAAGCUUAAUGCUGAGAAGUUUAUGGGAGUAAGACACCAUCUGUUUAUUGCAGAUGCUUACUUGGCCCUGUUGAUAUAAUAAUUUCAUUCUUUGUGUCCAUCACCCAAUCAAUCCAAAGUGCAAGCCCAUGGCAUAUUCCAGGUCUAGUGAACUCUACCUGCAGUAUAAAAAAGUUUAAAAUGCAAUGUGGAACUAAAGAGCAGAACAUAGAGGCAGCCAUUCCAUGUACACUCAGGGACAACAGUUUCCAUCCUUUUCUCAUCAAAUGAAAUCUUGAUUCCAAAAAAAAAAAAAAAGGGACAACAGUUUCUGUCAAGAAAUGAGAAAGAUGGUCUGCUCUAUUAUGGCGCAAUUUAACUGGUAUUGGAAAUGUGGGCAACCUUGGAUUACAUGCAUCCCAAAAAUCAUUCUGAUUUUCUUUUGAAAGACCGAUCUGACCCCAUUUUCUGAAAGAUUGAUCUAACAAUCUAACUGUUUGAUCAAUGGGUUUUUCAUUGUUGAAAGUGAAUGCAAACUGUAUCACUUAAAGUGCCCAUUAGAAGGUUCUUGAUUGGAUGGUAUAUGAUGAUUGACAUUGAUUUAUCAUUUGUAGGGACACUUAGCGAAAAAGGGAAAGACUACGACUUGCAGUAGUACCGGGCUGAGAACUGUGAGAUGAAAUCAUCAAGUAGAAGAGCCAAAAGCACAGAUAAAAAGGGACAAGGCUUCAUGGUUGAGGUUCAGAUAAAUCCAAUCUUAGGCAUACCUUCCAGAUAUCUGGAAUUGCUGCAAUUUGUUCUAGAUCAUGUUGAAGAUAAGAGGGUGGAAUAUUUGGUUGAGACUUCCGAUAUCCUGUAUUAUGAAAUGUUGGACAUUCCUUUGCCAGAAUUGCGAGGCUUGAAAACUCUGAAAGUUGCUUUCCAUCACUCCACUAAAGAUGAGGUGGUUAUUCACACUAUUAGAUUGCCCAAACAGAGUACUGUAGGGGAUGUAAUCAACGACUUGAAAACCAAGGUUGAGCUGUCUCAUCCCAAUGCCAGGCUUCGACUGCUUGAGGCUUUCUGUCACAAGAUAUACAAGGAAAUGGAACUAGCCAGCCAUGAUAUCUCUGUGGGCAAUGUUUGACUAUAUUGAACGAGAUUGCCGAGCUUGUGGUCUUGGUUGCAAUUUUGAAUUUCAGAUGUUCAUUGCAAUGUAUGCUACUCUUGCCAGUCGAGAUGUGGACUGUUGCUUGAUUCCCAAGUCACCCUUUUAUCUGGAAGGACCAGGUGGGCUUUUCGAGUACGUGGAAAAAAAAAACUAAAAGAGAAUGGACUCAUGGUUAUUGUUGUAGCUGAAGGUGCAGGACAGGAGCUUGUUGCCGAAAGCAUCCGAUCAAUGGACCAAGAGGAUGCUUCAGGAAACAAGCUACUGCUUGAUGUUGGGCUAUGGAUAUCGCAGAAGAUUAAGAAUACAUACAAGCAAGCCUUGCAGCAUUGCAAGAUUAUCCUAAAGCAAACAACCUCUAGAAGUUCCUUAUCCACAUCAAACAGGUCAUCCUCUCCAAAUUCUUUGAACAUUUGAACAAUUAAUGAAAAUGAGGUUUUAAGCAUGGAUGAAUGGGAGCUAGAUUGAUGGAUUAUUUUAUUUUAUUUUAUUUUUGAAACUAUUCAAUUUAUUAUUGUAAAUAUUAUUCACGGCAGCUCGAUGCAUGUGAAAGGGCCACAUAGGCAUGUAUUUUUAUUUUUAUUUUUAGGAAAACAAUCACUGGGUGUGUGCUCAAAGAUCUUUGAGCACCCAUCCAGACUAUCCAAAUCGACAAGUCACUGACUACCCCUACAAUAAAAUAAGGGGAGUUGUUGGAUCCUUACUCUUGAUCCGGUGGUAGACUCCCAGGAGUUUCAACACCCGGUCAAGGGUUCGAGUAUCCAUGGGUGGUGAAAUCCCACUAUGGCGUGAGUGUGUGGGGUGUGUGCGUGUGUGGAAAAAAAAUAAGGGGAGUUGUUUGAUGUACUCUAGCAGCAUAUGACGCUUGAUAAGCAUGCACUCUAAAAUGACUAUAGUGGAACACAUGGUAGCAGAUUAAUGGUCCCAAAAUCAGAUGCUUCGAGCAAUCCCAACCUUUGAUUUGUGAAAACUUGUAUUUUCAUUUUAAAUGGUUAAAUAAAUAUCCACCAAUUUAAUA